UCAAAACAUUACAAAGAGUUUUGAAAAUUUCUUCAAAUUUAAGUGAUUAUUAUAUUGAAAAAAGAAAGUACAAAGUAAAAAAAUACAAAAUGCCAGCAGUUGGAAUUGAUUUAGGAACAACAUACUCCUGUGUUGGAGUUUUUCAACACGGAAAAGUGGAAAUCAUUGCUAACGACCAAGGAAAUAGAACAACACCAAGCUAUGUUGCAUUUACAGAUUCUGAGCGUUUAAUUGGAGAUGCAGCUAAGAAUCAAGUAGCAAUGAAUCCCAAAAAUACAAUUUUUGAUGCCAAAAGAUUAAUUGGACGAAAAUACAAUGAUCCUAAAAUUCAAGAAGACGUCAAACAUUGGCCAUUCAAAGUAGUUAGCGACAAUGGGAAACCAAAAAUUUGUGCAGAAUUCAAAGGAGAAACAAAACGAUUUUCACCAGAAGAAAUUAGUUCAAUGGUUUUAACUAAGAUGAAAGAAACUGCAGAAGCAUACCUUGGCGAAACUGUUAAAGAUGCUGUAAUUACUGUGCCAGCAUAUUUCAACGAUUCUCAAAGACAAGCCACAAAAGAUGCUGGUGCCAUAGCGGGCUUAAAUGUUCUCAGAAUAAUUAAUGAGCCAACAGCUGCCGCUUUAGCCUAUGGAUUAGAUAAAAAUUUAUCUGGUGAAAAAAAUGUGUUAAUCUUUGAUUUGGGUGGUGGAACAUUUGACGUCUCAAUUUUAACAAUUGAUGAAGGAUCUUUAUUUGAAGUAAGAGCUACGGCUGGAGAUACACAUUUAGGUGGAGAAGAUUUUGAUAAUAGAUUGGUCAACCAUUUCGCAGAAGAAUUUAAGAGAAAAUAUAAGAAAGAUCUCCGUUCAAAUCCAAGAGCCUUGCGUCGUUUGAGAACCGCCGCUGAACGAGCGAAACGAACUCUUUCAUCAAGCACUGAAGCUUCAAUAGAAAUUGAUGCUCUGUUUGAAGGUGUUGAUUUUUACACGAAAAUAUCUCGGGCAAGAUUUGAAGAACUUUGUGCAGAUUUAUUCAGAUCAACAUUACAUCCAGUUGAGAAGGCAUUAAAUGAUGCAAAAAUGGAUAAAAGUCAAAUUCACGAUAUUGUGUUGGUUGGAGGAUCAACCCGAAUUCCAAAAGUUCAAAAUCUUUUACAACAAUUCUUCAAUGGCAAGUCAUUAAAUUUAUCAAUUAAUCCUGAUGAAGCUGUUGCUUAUGGAGCAGCAAUCCAAGCAGCCAUUCUAACAGGCAGUAAAGAUUCCAAAAUACAAGAUGUACUUUUAGUAGAUGUUGCACCACUUUCUCUUGGUAUUGAAACAGCUGGUGGAGUAAUGACAAAAAUAAUCGAAAGAAAUUCAAGGAUUCCAUGCAAACAAACACAAACUUUCUCUACAUACUCAGAUAACCAACCUGGAGUUAGCAUUCAAGUAUUUGAAGGAGAAAGAGCAAUGACAAAAGACAACAAUUUGCUAGGAAACUUUGAUUUAUCUGGUAUACCACCAGCACCAAGAGGGGUACCAAAAAUUGAUGUAACAUUUGAUAUGGAUGCAAAUGGUAUAUUAACUGUUUCUGCUAAAGAAAUGAGUACUGGUAAAGAGAAAAAUAUUACAAUCAAGAAUGAUAAAGGACGAUUAUCUCAAGCAGAAAUAGACAGAAUGGUUUCAGAAGCCGAACGAUAUCAAGAGGAAGAUGAGAAACAACGUCAAAAAAUUACUGCCCGCAAUAGUUUAGAAGGAUAUGUAUUUAGUGUUAAACAAGCAGUUGAACAAGCCGGAGAUAAAUUAACAAAAUCAGAUAAAGACCAAGUAAUGCAAUGGUGUGAUGAAACAGUCAAAUGGUUGGAUAAUAACACUUUAGCUGAAAAAGAAGAAUAUGAGGAUAAAAUGAAAGAACUUAGUAAAGUUUGUAGUCCAAUCAUGACAAAAUUGCAUCAAGGUAGCUCACAGACGCAAGCAGGAGGUUGUGGUACGCAAGCAGGUGGUUUUGGAGGCGGUUGUGGUACGCAAGCAGGUGGUUUUGGAGGUUCAAGAUCAGGACCAACAGUAGAAGAAGUAGACUAAUUUAACAAUGCGCUUAACUUUACUAUUCCGUUAAUUUAUUGAAUAACUGUAUUAAAUUAGACAAUGAUUUUGUUAUUAGAUAAAUUUUUAAAAGACUGUAAA